AUGGGUCGACGAAAGUUGCCUUCACUGCCACCGCAACGUACUGAGAAGGCCAGUGAAGGUCUACCACCACCGAUCUACCUCACUUCAAGCGCACCACUUUAUUCGGCUGAAAGUGAACGCUCCACAGCUGCUCAAGAACAAAGUGCCUUUACACGAACGAAAGUUCGUACCAGUUCCUAUAGCGAUUUAACCAGACCUUCUUCUGCAAGCAGUGUCCUAAGUAAUGCAGACUAUCAUUCGACAAUCGAUCCAACGAUAAUACCUGGUGCUACAAUUGCUGGAGUAAAACCAAAAACUCGGCAAACUUCAUCAGCAGUUACUGGUGGAAAAUCUGCAGCGCUUUUGGCUCAAACAAAUAAAUAUAAAAUGCCAACAACGCUUGCACGAGUACUGCUAAAAAAAGAACUCAAAGAAGCAUUGGAAAAACGUCGAGAAAGUUUGGAAGCUUGUGAAAUUGAGGCCAACCAACGUCAGUACGUAGUUAGGCGUAUGUUGUUAACUGGUCUAUUGCCAGAGAGUCGCCCAGCUGAAAUCGAUGAUAUACCAAAUGUAAUUCCCUGUCUACUUCCAAUUGAACUUAUUAGUGGAGCAAAUGUUAUACCUACUACUAGUGCCUCAACUACCACUGCUCGAAAAUUCACUGAACAGAAAUGUUGCUAUACUCAGUCACUACCAUCAACGAGUAAAACUCAGAGUAUUGCAAUUUCAACAGAAGAUGUUACACCCUCACCACUUCGUGCGAAAUCGGUUGGCGUUCAAGCUGGCGACGUAGAUUUAAGUUCUGGGCUUAGUUCUCCAGCUUCAGUCCAGACAUUUUCUGUAAUUCAAAAAGAUAGGGGUUACCGGCGUUUAAACAGUUCUUUAAUUACUUCUGUAGCACCAAAAUAUAUGUCGACGGAAACGCAAACAGAACAUAGUUCACUCAGUGAUAGACGACGAAGCAAGAUUGGCACAUCAUCUUCAGCUAAACGGAAAAGUACAAAAAAAAUCUCUUCGUCUGAUACGAACUUACUGGAGACAACUGCUAAAUAUUUUGCAGAAUAUGAUCGGCAGUUACGUGAACAUGGUCGAUUAAUGAGGCACCAUUUCACGUUUGCAGACGACGAUCCGGUUAAAAGGGAGACGAAAAAACAACGAUUAAUAGAUGAGCUGGCGAGAAGGAAAGAGAAAAUAUCGUCUAUGAUUGAUUUAAAUACAGCGACUGAUUACCCUACAGAUUACGGCGCUUCUGACUACUCAUCUACUGUUCCACAUUACGGCUCACUUCCGAGGUUAGACUAUACAUCUAGUGUACGUCCCUCAAGAUAUAGGGAAGAUUAUGGUUUUUACAACUCUUUACCAAGGAAUUACGAAAGAUAUCGUGACAUGUAUGAUUAUAAUCAACCAGACUAUGACCUGCUUCAACCGCAGACAUUAGCUGGCAUCAGAAGUGAUCCGUUAACCCGUUCUCUGAACGAUCUUCGGUUAGACACCGAGGAUAGUAUUAUUGAUCCAAGAGUGAGGACAUCAGCUGCUCAUUCUUUAGAUUAUUAUGGUCGUUCAAACUAUCCAUAUAGAGAUACCAACCGCUCAGCUUUUGCUAUGAGAAGACCCUAUCCGUAUGGAAGGCGAUAUGCAGCCGAUGAUUUGAACCCCCAGCGUUUGCAGUACAGUGAUCUGGAUUCAUCUGGAAAACCAGAUAUGAUUUCACAGUACGCAAACUUUCUGAGUAAUCAGUUUAGGACCGAUCAAGAAGAACAGCUGAGUAGAGAGCACAAAAUAGGAGCGGGAUUUUCAAAUAUCUCAUCUUCACGGUUACCCACAAGAAGUCAGUACAGCGGUCCUAUGAGUGAUCCUUAUCCAACUUAUCGCGGAUCCUAUUCACAACAACGGUAUCAGCCUUACGGCACUUCAAACUACAAUGCUACGUCAUACGACCCGUUGUAUUCAGAACCAGCAUCGAAUCCUGUUGCAUAUCCCCAACGAAUACCUGAAAGAAAUAUCCCAUACACGAAUUUGUAUAACACCAGGUACGACGGCGACAGAUUGAACAGCGCGCAUCCAUCACUGUAUGAAGGUCAAGAAUACACGGGAGAAAUGCAGUUAAACACAUUCCCAAAUAGUAGUGAUUAUCGGUCGGAACCGUUUUAUCCUAGGGAGCUUAGUCAAGUUUACAGCCGAAAUGAAACAAACUAUGGUUCACGGCAGCCACAGACUGCAACCGAUUAUGGUAACUUCUAUAGGAAUCGACAGCCACCGCCUAGUUUACCUUACGAUUCAUAUGACAGUUACGUUAACGAAAGGUAUCCUGGAUAUGGGCUACAAGAUUCCUACCAUACAACCUAUAAUUUGGCUGGACCACCAUAUACAUCUACGCCGGCAUAUCCGCAAAACCGUCAAAACUUAAGUGUAGGCGGUACAACCGGUUUCAGUAAUCCAAGUCGUCAAGGCCGAAAUGAACCAUCAUCGUACAGUGUACCGUUGAAUACCUACGGUACGCAACAGAAUAACAACGUUUCACGGUAUGGUCGAAUAUGGCCACAAUCAUCUACUACCUACUAUGACGAAUCGUAUCCUCACGAAGAUGCAUUAACCCGUGUAUACGCAUCAGCGUCGGAUCCAUAUCGGAGUCCCCGAUCACAGCGUUUGGGUAAUGCAGCUUCAACCAGUUAUUCAUGUAUCUAA